AGAUUCGGAUCUAAUUAGGAGUUAUUUGGCCUGCUUUGCAGCGUUGCCAGUUCUUCUUUGAGUAUUAAACUACAUAAUUGCCAAAGUAUAAAAAUAAAAUAAAAAAAUACUAGUUACAAUUGUAAUUGCUUACUGUUAAAUCAAAAAUAAAAAAUAAAGUUUUGCCCACUUGGCGGCUGCUACUGUUAUUUUCACAGUAUUCAACACGGUGGACGCCGAACUGGCUCAAAAGAACGACAAAUUUAAACAGGUCAUCACCCAUGUGGUAGUAAGCAGAAAGUUGAAGCGCAUCAGCAGGUUAACUACAUCGAACACAGUUUGGAGAAGUGAUGAAGUCAUGAGACCGACAUUCGAUCGACGCCUCUGGAUAUUAUUGUUCAUUAUUUUAGUACAAUGCACCACCUAUACACAGCAACAAAAUAUCAAUGCCAAGUCGUUACCGAAGACGACACCCGCCGAGCACGCAGCCAGCAAAUGGCGCAGCAUAUCAGAGCAGAAGCCGCUUCUGGCGCAAAGCUCGUUCGAGCUAGCAGUGGAUGCACAGAGAAUGCACCAGCUAGCAGUUGACCGUAAGCUGGUGGGUCACAACAGUAAACCCUCCAAAUGUGCCAAGAACUGUGCCAAGGCAAAGGUGGCCAAAUGGAAGGCGCAGCUGAAAAACCAUCGUGUGCACCAGGCCCAUCGUGCGGUCCUGCACAAGGAGGCUAAGCCGCGACUGCGUCGGGAGACGGAGGAGGAGGAACUUGAGUUGCCCACAGUUAUGUCCAGCGCCACCACAGUGGCAACCAGUGCCACCGUCGCGGCGUAUACAAAUAGAUCGCUCGCUGGGCUUUUGACAACGAUGAAAGCGAAGCGUGCGCGAUCUACGGUGCAUCUGGCACCGGAAGAUUUGAAGCCCAAGCCUAAGGAGCCCGUCAUUAUUAUUGAUGAUGUGGAAGAAUUUGAUAGUGGCACUGCCACACGCGAUUUGUUUGCGAAGAGCCGAGACGAGGCAGACCUAUUGGACGAUGAAGGGCCUCUGGAGGGUCCGCGGGCGUUGCCUUUACGUCCUGUGCUGCCCAAUCCGUACGAGGAUGAGGAGAUGUCGGUGGUAUAUGCAGACCAGCAUUCAGAGAUUAGGCUGAUGUGCGAGGUUGACCUGGACAUAUCCUCCAGCAUGUGGUACAAGAAUGGCCAGGUGGUGCAUGCCAUGGACCGCACGACGCGCGUCACCGACUAUCGCUUUAUCAAGGAGGCUAAUGGAGCGCUAACCAUCACCAAUGUCAUGCUCGAGGAUGACGGCAAAUGGCAGUGCGAGGCGGAGAAUACCCGACGGUACACAGAAAAUGCUCGGCCCGUCAAGCUGGUCGUCCUAGAUCGUCCCAAGCCUCCAUAUUUGCUGAUAGACUCGCGUCGCUUGGAUGCAGGUAACAUCUUUGUGCCUGUGAAAGAAAACUCGGAGCUGAACUUGGCCUGCGUCAGCGAAGGUGGCAAUCCAAGACCCACGCUCACGUGGGAGGUGCUGCUAAGUCCGGGCGUGGAUCGGCAUGCCCAGAAGGUGUCCGCCGAGGUGCUGGAGCUGGAGGAGAUCAAGAACGAGAAGGAUAAGAACGGCUACAAAAUCAACAGCGGCGCCAAGAGCGAGGCCCGUUUGCCCGCCGUCUACAGGGCGCAUCACAAUGCAAGGAUCUUAUGUGUCAUGGAACAUCCUACACUCAAGAUACGACAGAAUGCCUCUCUACUCCUCGAUGUGCAGUAUACGCCCUCGUUCGCCAUCUCGCGCACACCUGGCUUUGGUUAUCCGCUGCGCGAGGGCAUCGAAGUUAGCCUCAAGUGCGAUGUCGACUCAAAUCCUCCAAGUACGCCGCGCUGGCAGAAGGACGACGGUGACACGCCGGUACCGCAAACGGGCGAUGGUUUCCUCAACUUUACCUCCAUUAGGCGGGAGCAUUCCGGCUGGUAUAAGUGCACAUCACGGCAUCUCAACUUUCAAUACUCCUCGAUUGGCUAUUACCUCAGUGUGCGCUACGAUUCGGUGGAUGUCACAUCGGAACCAGAUGAUCAAGAUGUCUCCGUAGCGGCUGCGUCGCACAAUCCCAACAAGGGGCAGCUAGAGGUGCAGCUCGGCGGUGCAGUCACACUACAGUGUCCACAAGGUUCCCUGGGCUGUUGGUCACACUUAGAUCCGGUUUCGGCACGUCUGCGCGGCCUUGGCUACGGUAGCUCGGCUCCGACGGGUCAAUUCUCGCUCAAGGAUGUCAUGUACCAGGAUGCGGGCACCUACAAGUGCGUGGGCCAGUCCUUGGCCAACAAGAAGAAGCUCGAAGUGCUUCAAAGUGUCAUUGUUUCAGUCAAGGGUGCGCCCACAGUGGUUGCUUUGAAUGCCACGCCUGUUGCCUACCCAGGCUCACCUUUGCACCUCAAUGUAGAGUUCUGUGCCAAUCCACCGGCACACGCGGCACGCUGGCUGCACGGCGAUCGUGUCUUUACGCCGGGCAAUCAGUACGGCAGCACCGUACUAGCCUACUCGGUCAAGGAUCUGCCUACACCGUACUGCAAGGAGGCACGUUUGACAUAUGUCAGCAUGCAUGAGCGUGUGCCGCGAACCUUCUACUUCAUUGUUUCGUCGCCAGGUGGUGUUGCCGAGGCCGUCUUCAAUGUCAACUUUACGAAGCGCAAUCGCCAAAUGUCGAACACCAUCGACGACGAUGAGGAGGAGGAGCUCAAUCGGCCAGAGCAAAUCCAUUUUCCGGUUUUCAGCAAUAACACGUCGAGCGGACGGUGCACGGAGCUCCAGCUGGCCCUGGCGCUCACUCUAUUUGGUGCCACGCUUCUGCAUGCCCAUUAAUUUUUAAUGAAAGAGUCAAAGUAUGAAAAACACAAAGUGCGAAAGAGAGAAAGAAUGUGCAAGUGAAUGAGUGAAAGAGAGAAUGUCGACUAUUAACGCAUGCAAUUUAUUAUGCUAUGUACUACGUACUACCCACUAUGUCUAAGCCCAUAUAUACAUAUAACUAUAUAUCUACUAUAUAAACAUAUGUACUACUAUAUGCUAUUGCCCACAACUACUACCACUACUAUUACUAUUCUAACGCUAUGUGUAUGUGUAUUUGUAACCAAUUAGCAAAAGCAUCAAAAUGAAAUUAUGCCACUUAAACCCCCUCCAAACCUCCUACCACUAGCAACUAAUCCACACACUCACUCACACACACACAUUUUGUAGGCGUCUAAGUUGGCAACUUCAACUUUUUACCUAAGCAUUAGCCACAGCUCCCCACACUAAAACACACUAAUACUUGAUAUUUUUACUGUAGCUUUAAGUAACUGUAACUGUAACUGUGUGUGUACGUGUGUAGUACUUAGUAGCAGCGCUUAACUUGAAUGCCAAAUAGAAAAGAAAAAAACAACUAAAUUAACAUUAACUAUUUAAAACGAAAAAGAAGAGAAAAUACUUUUGGGUUUAUCUAUUGUUAAAAGUUGAGCCAUACAUACCAUAAUUAUUGUACUUUAAGUUCCUUUUCGAGAAAACAAGCGAGAAGCUUGCAAAGUGACUGAUUUUUGUUAAAUAUUUUGAAGCAAUUAGUGUUUAGAGUGUAAAGCAGUUAGGGAGUGCUUGAAAAAAGAAACAAGAGUUAAUACUAAACUUUAAUGUAAAUGAAAAGCAAGUAACUUACCAGGCACGAACAAAUUCCUUCCAUUUG